UUACAAAUUGCUCCCCGGUCUGACGUUAAAACACCUUAGAAAAUAUCAAAGCUUAUCCAACAAUAGCUAAAAAGGAAAUAAAGCCUAAGGUCCAGCAUAAUGUAGCACUUCUGGCUUGUCGACUAAUCAGAUCAAGAAUGCAGAUUUUUGUUAAAACAUUAACGGGCAAGACCAUUACCCUUGAGGUUGAGGCCUCUGAUUCCAUUGAGAAUGUGAAGGCAAAGAUCCAGGACAAGGAGGGUAUUCCUCCAGAUCAGCAGAGGUUGAUCUUUGCCGGCAAGCAGUUGGAGGAUGGCCGCACCUUGUCAGACUACAACAUUCAGAAGGAGUCAACUCUGCAUCUGGUACUUCGUCUUCGAGGUGGCAUCAUCGAGCCCUCCCUCCGUAUCCUGGCCUCCAAGUACAACUGCGACAAGAUGAUCUGCAGAAAGUGCUAUGCCCGUCUGCACCCCAGAGCAACCAACUGCAGAAAAAGGAAGUGCGGCCACACAAACAACCUCCGCCCCAAGAAGAAGCUGAAGUAGAUGACCACGCCCCAAAGCCUUGUCUUUGUUAUUAUGUUGACUGUAAAAAGAGCAGAAUAAAGACCGGGAACACACAA